AUGGUCUUCGUCCGCUCUCGGCUCCUUCCGCGCAACAUCGACGCUGCUGUACUGCAGUGGGGGUACUGUCUACUCACGGUCUAGCCUUACUGAACCUGUCGCUCCGGGCUCCGGUUAGUACGAGUGAACCACUGUGUUGAUGAGUUUUAUGUGCGAGCACGAGUUGUCAAUUCAUUGUAAACGCGUGACAUUGUAAUCAUCAUGACCGCUCCCGCCAAGAAAUCUUCAGUAGAAUCUCUACCUGAUCGUAUUUUUAAGGAUCCUGAUACCGAUUUAUACUACUCUUAUCAAGCAACACGCGAAUCAGGACAAAGAAAAUUUUUCUUGUGCUCUUUGAACCAUUCGCACGGAUGCAAUGGGCAAGGGACUCUGGAUUCGGACGGAGUUUUCCGAUAUCUAGACGAAAAGACGAGGAUGCUCCAAAAUACCGGCACAACCAUGUGGGUGAAGCUGAUCUGCUUGAGGAUGCAAUUUUUUUAAAAGAAAUGCAUUCUCUACUUUGUCACUCGUUUUUGCAGAACAAAGCGAUCUACAAUAAAUUGAAAAUCUUGUAUCCAAGUGCUGCGCUUAAAUAUCCAUUCGAACGAGUAUCAGCUCGAAUGCGGCAGUGGAGGUUAAAAAGAAAAUUCCCAGAGUUAACUCAUGGAUUUAAUACAUUGAUCAAUCUUCUGAAUCACGAUGACAAGUGGAAAGAUUUAAAAUCGCACAACAAGGGCAGUUUGGUUGUUAAACCUAUUAUGACGAGAACAGAUGAAGUCUGCGGCGUCGCCGUGGCCGACCUGGAGUUCCUCGCCAUCGUCAAAGCCGCUCUCCACCAGUUUAUAUAUUUUGAGGAAAUCCCAAUUAAACUUGGAGACAUCGAUGGAAGUCGCAUCAUUGUUAUGACUGUACCUUUUAAAACUCACUCUUUUCCCGCCGCAUGGACAGCUUUGAAUAAAGAUUCCUUUGAAGAUUACAACAAGCUUGUGAGAAAUGGUUUGUCAAAGGUGUUAGGUGACGUUCAACCUGAAAAAAUUUAUUAUGAUUUUCAUAAUAAAUUAUUUACAGCGUUGCGAGGGCGCUAUCCAGCGACAAGACUAAAAGGAACGCUUGAUGCAUACAGUCAUUUGUUGUAUGUCAAUGCAAUGGAGACAAUCGAUCUACGCGCAAGAAACGCAGUCCAUGAAAUUCGCAUCUUCUCAAAAAUUUUUUUGGUUGCUUUGUUGCCUCCGCAACAAAUUGUAAAAGCUUUUGUACAAGUGGUUCAGAAUUUAAAUGAACAAAUGUUUCAAAAGUUUGAACUAUUUUUGAUAUACUACUUGUCAGAAUGGCUCAACAAAGUCGGCCCGAGUAAUCUGUCAUUCUACAAUGAUGUAGAUGGCUUGUCAAAUUGCACUAGGAUUCAUUUUAAUCGCCUGCAGAACAUGAGUGGGGUCGCGCCUGAUACGUGGUCCUUCUUGGAGUCCGCAACUUCAAUUGAAUGCGAAAGUUAUCGAGAUGUGGAUAAAUUGGCUAAAAGAAAGCUAUCAGUAGAGGAACACCACCUGUAA